GCAGAGCCUUGCUGAGAGCCGCACUGCGGGAAUCGGCCUCCAGACAAACGUGCAGAAAAUGGUGUCUUCCUUUACAACCAGUGACAGGAAACAGACUUCCCCUUCUUCAUACUCCGUUUCCUUUAUUCCUUAAUUCCAUUUCCUCGGCCCGCCCACCCACUGUCCUCAGACAGCCGUUUCCCAGUGUGACCUCCUUUUCCAGCUGCACUAUCCGGCGGAGGCCCUUUUCCCAGCCCGGACCCUCCCGGACGGCCCUCGCAGCCCUCCCUCCGGGUCCCCGCCGCGCCUGCUCCAUUACAGCACGAUCCCCGCCACACAGGCCCGCCCCUCCCUCCGACAGCCAAUGGCGGCGCGACCCCGCCCCUCCCGCUGGGUCACGGGGCGCCAGCGCCCCGGGAGGCUGGGGGAGCUGAAUUCUGCGUCUUCCUUUAGGCUGCGGCGAGACAAUCCCCAGAGCCCCGCGGCCCGGCCUCGGGGCAGCCAUGGACUCGCAGGAAUUGAAGACUUUGAUUAAUUACUAUUGUCAAGAGAGAUAUUUCCAUCAUGUGUUACUGGUUGCCAGUGAAGGAAUUAAGAGGUAUGGAAGUGAUCCAGUCUUCAGGUUUUAUCAUGCCUAUGGCACAUUAAUGGAAGGUAAAACUCAAGAAGCUCUUCGAGAAUUUGAGGCUAUUAAAAAUAAACAAGAGGUGUCACUUUGUUCUCUACUUGCACUGAUAUAUGCCCAUAAAAUGAGUCCUAAUCCAGAUAGAGAAGCUAUUCUGGAAUCAGAUGCCAGAGUGAAGGAACAACGUAAAGGAGCUGGAGAGAAAGCCUUAUACCAUGCAGGCUUAUUUUUAUGGCACAUUGGUCGCCAUGAUAAAGCAAGGGAAUAUAUUGACAGAAUGAUCAAAAUAUCAGAUGGUAGUAAACAGGGACACGUUUUGAAAGCAUGGCUUGAUAUUACAAGAGGAAAAGAGCCUUACACUAAAAAAGCACUGAAGUAUUUUGAAGAGGGACUCCAAGAUGGGAAUGAUACUUUUGCUCUGCUGGGUAAGGCACAAUGCCUUGAGAUGCGCCAGAAUUAUUCAGGUGCCCUGGAGACUGUGAACCAGAUAAUCGUGAACUUUCCGAGCUUCCUUCCUGCUUUUGUUAAGAAAAUGAAAUUACAACUAGCCUUGCAGGAUUGGGACCAGACAGUUGAGACAGCACAAAGGUUGCUGCUCCAAGAUAGCCAAAAUGUGGAAGCACUGAGAAUGCAGGCACUCUACUAUGUGUGUAGAGAGGGGGAUAUAGAGAAGGCUUCCACCAAGCUGGAAAACUUGGGAAAUGCAUUGGAUGCCAUGGAACCACAGAAUGCUCAACUUUUCUAUAACAUUACACUCGCCUUCAGCAGAACUUGUGGACGUAGUCAACUUAUUCUUCAAAAAAUUCAAACGUUACUUGAGAGAGCUUUUAGUUUAAACCCUCAGCAAUCAGAAUUUGCUACAGAACUUGGAUACCAAAUGAUUUUACAAGGAAGAGUUAAAGAGGCACUGAAGUGGUAUAAGACCGCCAUGACACUUGAUGAGACUAGUGUGUCUGCCCUAGUUGGAUUUAUCCAAUGUCAGUUGAUAGAAGGGCAAUUACAGGAUGCAGAUCAGCAGCUAGAAUUUUUAAAUGAAAUCCAGCAGUCCAUUGGAAAAUCUGCGGAAUUAAUCUAUUUACAUGCAGUUCUUGCCAUGAAGAAAAAUAAACGACAAGAAGAAGUUAUUAAUUUGUUAAAUGAUGUCCUGGACACUCACUUUUCACAAUUAGAAGGUUUGCCUCUUGGCAUACAGUAUUUUGAAAAGCUAAAUCCUGAUUUCUUGUUAGAAAUUGUUAUGGAGUAUCUGAGCUUCUGUCCAAUGCAGCCUGCAAGUCCUGGGCAACCUCUUUGUCCACUUCUCAGGCGUUGCAUCUCAGUCCUGGAGACUGUAGUAAGAACUGUUCCAGGUCUUCUGCAAACAGUCUUCCUAAUAGCAAAAGUGAAAUAUUUGUCAGGUGAUAUUGAAGCAGCUUUCAAUAACCUUCAGCAUUGCUUAGAACACAAUCCCUCUUAUGCCGAUGCUCAUCUGCUGCUAGCUCAGGUUUACUUGUCUCAAGAAAAAGUCAAAUUGUGUUCUCAGUCUCUUGAACUUUGUCUGAGCUAUGAUUUUAAGGUGAGAGACUAUCCUUUAUAUCAUUUGAUAAAAGCUCAGUCACAAAAGAAAAUGGGAGAAAUAGCAGACGCAAUUAAAACACUGCAUAUGGCAAUGAGUUUACCAGGAAUGAAAAGAAUUGGAGCUUCCACAAAAUCAAAAGACAGAAAAACUGAAGUUGAUAGAAGCCAUCGUUUAUCGAUCUUUCUUGAAUUGAUAGAUGUUCACCGCUUAAAUGGAGAGCAGCAUGAGGCAACCAAAGUUUUACAAGAUGCCAUCCAUGAGUUUUCUGGAACAUCUGAAGAAGUGCGGGUUACCAUUGCUAAUGCAGACCUUGCUCUAGCCCAAGGAGAUACUGAGCGGGCUUUAAGCAUCCUUCAAAAUGUUACAGCCGAACAGCCUUAUUUUAUAGAGGCCAGAGAAAAAAUGGCAGAUAUUUAUCUGAAGCACAGAAAAGAUAAAAUGUUAUAUAUCACUUGUUUUAGAGAAAUUGCUGAAAGAAUGGCUAACCCUCGGUCUUUUCUUCUCCUUGGUGAUGCAUACAUGAAUAUUCUAGAGCCUGAAGAAGCCAUAGUAGCAUAUGAGCAAGCAUUAAAUCAGAACCCGAAAGAUGGAACAUUGGCAAGCAAAAUGGGCAAAGCACUUAUCAAAACUCAUAACUACUCAAUGGCAAUCACUUACUAUGAAGCUGCUCUGAAAACUGGACAAAAGAAUUAUCUUUGCUAUGACCUGGCUGAGCUCUUAUUAAAGUUGAAAUGGUAUGACAAAGCAGAAAAAGUUCUUCAACAUGCUCUGGCUCAUGAACCUGUAAAUGAACUGUCAGCUCUCAUGGAGGAUGGACGUUGUCAAGUUCUUCUAGCAAAAGUUUAUAGUAAAAUGGAAAGACUUGGUGAUGCGAUCACUGCAUUACAACAGGCUCGAGAAUUACAAGCUCGGGUACUAAAACGUGUUCAGAUGGAACAGCCAGAUGCAGUUCCUGCACAGAAACAUUUAGCAGCUGAAAUUUGUGCAGAGAUUGCAAAACAUUCUGUUGCUCAGCGAGACUAUGAAAAAGCAAUUAAGUUUUAUAGAGAGGCUCUGGUUCACUGCGAAACGGAUAGUAAGAUUAUGUUGGAACUGGCACGAUUAUACCUGGCACAAGAUGACCCUGAUUCCUGCCUGCGGCAGUGUGCUCUACUGCUUCAGAGUGACCAGGAUAAUGAAGCUGCUACCAUGAUGAUGGCUGAUCUCAUGUUCAGAAAACAAGACUAUGAACAAGCAGUGUUUCAUUUACAGCAGCUUUUAGAACGUAAGCCAGAUAAUUAUAUGACAUUAUCUCGUUUGAUUGAUCUCCUAAGAAGAUGUGGAAAACUCGAGGAUGUCCCAAGAUUUUUCUCAAUGGCUGAGAAACGUAACUCCAGAGCAAAAUUGGAACCAGGAUUUCAGUAUUGUAAAGGACUGUAUCUUUGGUACACUGGAGAACCAAAUGAUGCCCUUCGACAUUUUAAUAAAGCUCGGAAAGAUCGUGACUGGGGCCAAAAUGCCCUUUAUAAUAUGAUAGAAAUCUGUUUGAAUCCAGAUAAUGAAACUGUUGGAGGUGAAGUAUUUGAAAACCUGGAUGGAGACCUGGGUAAUUCAACUGAGAAGCAAGAAUCUGUGCAAUUGGCAGUAAGAACAGCAGAAAAACUUCUUAAGGAACUAAAACCUCAGACUGUUCAGGGUCACGUACAGCUUCGCAUAAUGGAAAACUAUUGCUUAAUGGCUACCAAACAGAAAUCUAAUGUUGAACUAGCAUUAAAUACCUUCACUGAAAUAGCAGCAUCUGAGAAAGAGCAUAUCCCAGCACUCUUGGGAAUGGCAACAGCUUAUAUGAUCUUGAAACAGACUCCACGAGCCAGAAACCAGCUGAAGCGUAUUGCGAAAAUGAAUUGGAAUGCUAUUGAUGCUGAAGAGUUUGAGAAGAGUUGGCUGCUACUUGCUGAUAUUUACAUUCAAUCAGCAAAAUAUGACAUGGCAGAAGAACUGUUAAAACGGUGCCUGCGUCAUAAUAGAUCUUGCUGCAAAGCUUAUGAAUAUAUGGGAUACAUUAUGGAAAAAGAGCAAGCAUAUACAGAUGCUGCCUUGAACUAUGAGAUGGCAUGGAAAUACAGCAAUCGGACAAAUCCGGCAGUAGGUGAGUUUGGCAAUCACCUAGAUUUUUCACAGAAAAAUUAUGUUUUAUUCAUUAAUUUUCAUUUAAAUGCAUUUGAUUUUUUUCAAAACAAAAUAAACAUUGAGUCAAUUUUCAUUGUCAACCUUUCUGAAAGGAGAAUAAAUUUUAUAUUCAUAAUAUAUUACUAGCUACUAAUAGUUCAGUUUCCUGAGUUCCAAACUUGUCCUCAGUCACUUAGUGUACAUCUAGUCUAAUUCUGCCCCCUUCUCUUCCUUCUAAAAGAAGGUGCUAUUUUAAAAUUGGGAAUGCCAUGGAAAAAGAUGUUUCCAUUGCCAAGUAAGUUAGGAAAAUAUUGCAUUAAAUUGAAUUACACAGGUUUCUUUACUUCUCAAAGCCUUUAAACACUAACGUAUAUUGCGAUGGAUAUCACAGAGGGGCCAUGUUUCCCACAAUUAUUUGACCAUGGGACAUUUUUUUUUUUCUCCUGAGCAUCUAGAAACAUCAUCCAGUCCCAGUGUUUUGCAGGCUGUUAGUUUGGGUAAUGCUAGUCUACAGUGUCCCUAACAGAGGUGGCAUCAGAAUAUAUGUCAUGACCAACCUCUCUCCUCAUACGAGGGAGCUCAUCCUCAUGUUUGUUUACUCUUUCUUUGUAUUGGGUUGAAAUAUGCCUCCUUGAAACUGCCCAAGUUUUCCGGAGCAACUUACAGAAUGCCUCCCUCUUACACAUCAUGACCCUUUAAAUUGCAAUCUUCAGUCCUGUGUCCUAGGACUUCUCUUCAAGCCAUCUGCAGUUACUUGUCCAUUCUUCCUAAGAUUGGAUUCCGAGUCUCUCAUCUUCCUUGUUGCUGUCUCCUGGAAGCUCUAAAAUAGUGUUUCCCAAACUGUGCUUUGGAACAGUUGGGGAGAUUUUAAUAAUUAUUUUUUUUUUUAAUUAAAAAGAAUGGAGUGUGAAGGUGGUAGAUGCCAUGGCCAUGUAAGUUUGGAAAGUGAUGUUUUAUUUUUGCAUGUCCCUCUGACCUGUUGUGCCAUAAAUGAACAACCUCUCAAAUAUGAUUUGGCUGCUUAUAAGUAUAAUUAAGCUAUUUUUUUCUUUUGAUUAGGCAAUUUGUAGUUGUUAAUUCAGCCUAAGAUGGCAUCAGUCUUUUCAGCAGCCAUGUCACCGUGUGAAUUCGAUUUUGAUUUGCAGUCAAAUGAGUCACCCUCAUACUAACUGCUGUUAGCUCGGGUCUUCCCUCAUCUUUUAGUUUCCUGGAGUCUGUUCUCAUACUAUACUAGACUUGUGCAAAGCACAAGAACUAAUGAUUUUUAUAGUAUUUUUUAUUCUAAGGUGUGAUAUAUCUUUCAGAAUAAAGUCAUCUGGUAAAAUGAAAAGUCCUUAAAUAUCCUUAAAAUAUUAAUUUUGACACUUUAUUCCACAGAAGGAAUGCACAUAGAAGUUAAAUUAUUUAUAUAUUCCAUUCCUUGGAAGACCUCAGCAAAUAAAAGAGAUUCCAAAUGACUAGUUCUUUCAUUGUGUCAUCAUUGUAUUUUAUAGAUUAUUUUAUCAGUUCCUCCAGCUUUGCUUUGGUAAUCAUUUCUUUCUAAGGCUCUCCAUUAAUUCCUCAAUUUCAUCCUUAAGAUUGUCAUUGCAUCUAACACCCUCAACGUGCCUGGCCAAAUAAACAAUGUAUUUCACUUUUUCAGUUGUCAGAAAACCCUUAAAAUCAUGCUCAUGGCCAGGCUCGGUGGCUCAUGCCUGUAAUCCCAACACUUUGGGAGGCCGAGGUGGGCAAAUCACCUGAGGUCAGGAGUUCGAGACUAGCCUGGCCAACUUGGUGAAACUCCAUCUCUACUAAAAAUACAAAAAUUAGCCGGGCAUGGUGGCGGGCGCCUGUAAUCCCAGCAACUCAGGAGACUGAGGCAGGAGAAUUGCUUGAACCCGAGAGGUGGAGGUUGCAGUGAGCUGAGAUCGCACCACUGCACUGCAGCCUGGUUGACAGAGUGAGACUCUGUCUCAAAAAAAAAAAAAAAAAAAUCAUGCUCAUGCUCUUUCCAUAGAAUUCAGGGUUGAAUAUUGUCACUAUAAGAGGCACCAGGAUGAAUGAUGAAUGGAUAAUUUGCUUGACUGCAGUAAUCAUUUAUAAAUAAAUAUAUAUAUACACACACACAUAUAUCUACACACCCACAUCAUUUUGUAUAUCUUAAAUAUACACGAGGAAAAAAAGAAACACACUAGGAACAACUGAGAUCCAAUGAGAGAAGAAACUAUUCAUGUUUCCCCCUUCAUACCUAUUCUCAGGUUAUAGGACAGUCAUUAGACUGUGUACAAUGUUUGCAUUCUCUCGCUGUCUCUCCUGAUUGCAUAUAGUUGAGUUCUAAUAAGUUUGGCAGGUGUAGUGCAGCUGCAGUGCACAUUUUCUUUCCCCUUUUUAGGUCUUUAUUUCCUCUGAAAUUUUUGUACCAGGUCAUGCAUCGUUUCUUCCAGUGUUAAAAUUCUGUGAUUAUAAUAUAGUGAAUGUUUACAUUAAAAAAUGCUAAUAUUUUGUGGUAUUCUAAGGUUUUAAAAACCAUUUCACAAGUAUUUUAUAUGAUUUUUAAAAUUAUACUAAGAGUUAGAGGGAGGAGUUGUUAUUCCUGUUUUAGCGAUGAGGAAACCUGAAAAUGACAGUUCAAGCCACUUGCAUAAGAUCCCAAAGCUAGUCAAGAAGCAACAAACCAAAACUGAAAUCUUGACUAGUUCCCAUGUAAGUAUGUUUGGCAUGACAUCUUAAAAAUUGCUUUACUUUUUGAAUGUCACAAACCCUUUUAGUUCAUUUUAGAAUUUGUUAGUAAUGACAUUAAGUUUACCUCUCUGAAACUUCUUAUUUAUGUCUAAAAUCUGAGAUGUGAGAUUCUGCCAUAGGCCCUGCCCACGUGUGCCUGUGUGCAUGUGUGUGUGUGUAGAGAUAUAUAUAUACACACAUAUAUAGACAUACAUAUAUAUACACACACAUAUAUAAACAUACACAUAUAUAUGCAGUCAUGUGUCGCUUAACAAUGGAAAUCUUCUGAGAUAUGCAUCAUUAGACAAUUUCAUCAUUGUGUGAACAUCUUAGAGUAUACUUACACAAACCUAGGUGGUAGAUCCUACUACACACCUGGGCUAUCUGAUAUAGCCUAUUGCUCCUAGGCUGCAUACCUGUACAGCAUGUUACUGUCAUGAAUGCUAUAAGCAAUGUGUGUAUGUAAACAUAGAAAAGGUACAGCAAAAAUACAGUAUUAAAAUCUUUGGGACCACCAUCAUGUAUAUGGUCUGUUGUUAAUGAAACAUCAUCAUGCAGUGCCUGACUAUAUAUAAAAUAGUGUGAAUUUUAGAUCAUUUCUAUUUCUUUCUUUUUACUACCAUCUGAUAGUGUUAGCCAGUAAUUCUUUUCAAACAUUUAAAAUUUUAAACAUUUGUUUUAGUACUUUUAUUAGAACCGAAGAGCACUAUUCACAUUUCUUAUUUCAUAUUUUUAAGAGGUAGAGUGCGAUAUUUUUUAUUACACAUUAUUUUACAUUGCAUUAUAUCUUGUUUACUGAGUGCACAGCUGCUGUUACUUUUCUUGUCUUCUUAGUUUUCUCAUUUUUAUAGCAUGUUACAGGAGAACAACAUCCAUUAAGAGGAAUGUGUUAAAUAUUCUUCUAAUUGUUGAUAAUAGAAGUGUGGCAUUUCACUAUCAGUAAUUGUGAUAAUUCUUACCAGUCAUUGAUGACUAAUCUGCCUUCCUCUGUGUCGCUCUCCUAUGUGCUCUGUCUUCUCGCCAUACUCCAAGUUCAUUAACUCCCUGUGUGUCCUGCCACUGGCCUUAAUCCAUGCAGUUUCCUCUGUCUGAGAGUGUCCUUGAUUCCCACCCUAGCCUAGUUGAUGCCUCAUUUUUCAGAUUUCAGACAUCUCUUGAUACCCUUCAGGUUCUUUAUGGUAACUCACUUGGCCUGGAUCUUUCUUUCAUAACAUUUAUCUCAGUUUUGAAAUUAUUUACUCAUGCAAUUAUUUUAAAAUGUACUUUUUCUCCUAAUAGAAUGCAAACCUCAUAACUGUAGGCAUCAGUUUGCCUGUAAGUGCUAAAUAAAUCUGUACUGUAUAAAUGAACGGCUGUGUUGUCAUUUACUGCCCUAUGAUGAGUUUUUACUAUAACCUGAAAUAAAUGAGACUUUUCUAGUAAGUUAUAGAAACCACACUUGUGGGAUGGCAGCUUUCUAACCGAUCAAUGUAUUCACUGUGGUCCUUUUUUUCAACUCCACUUUCUUUUCUUCUUACACUUCUUUUGUGUCACUCUGCCUUCUGUUAUCACACAACUUCUCUGUAUAGUGUAGUUUGGUUGUUCAUUCACCGGCCUCCCUUACAAUUCUCUAGUGAGUAAGCAAAGAAAGGAGGAGGCAAGGAAAAGUAAUAGUAGCAGUGUACUCCAUCAUUCUGUUUUA